GAACACCGAGCAAGAGAAGGAAAGAGAGAGAACUCUCCGGGGAUGGAAGCAGAAAAGGCUACGACUCUGCCAGCCAUGGAUAGUAGGGCUAGCCGCCUGCCGAUCACGCCAGCAGUAGCGCGAGGAUGCGAAGGAAUUUGGAGCCUUAGGGAAAGAGUGUUGGGAUGGUUUGACCCGGAAGGAACUAUGAAAACCAGGGAGGGACAGAAGGCCGGCAAGGAGAGCCCGGAUAACAGUGUGGCAGGCGAGGCCAGCAGCUCCGAGGGCGGCCUUAAGAAGAUAGUGUCGUCCCUCGCUCGAGCACUAAACAAAAAUCAAGGCUAUCUGACAGACAACAAGAAAAAGUUGACUUUCGAUGGAGCAAACAUCACGGAGUUCCUGAUCGACUACGAGAACCUAGCUGCGUUACUAAAGUGGACCGAGGAGGAAAAGAUGGACCACCAAGGACAGCAUGUGUCGUUAAGCCUUGGACGGGACAUAAUGGUCAUUGUAGCCGCAAGCCGGUCUUGGAAGGAGACCCGGGAUGUGAUGAUGAGGAAGUACCUAGCGGCGGAGAAAAUGGCAACGGAGGCCGACCUAGCGGAAGUUCAGAGGAAGAACUUCACAACGUACAAUGAUUUCCUUCGGGAAUUUACUCUAGUAGCACUAAGGAUCCCCGGGGUCACGCAUCGGAUAAUGAGCAAAUAUUUCCUCAGGCAGUUCUUCGAGUUCGACAAAGACAAGAUCCUGUCAGCCUACCAACAGAUGAGCAAGUUCGUAAACACGCAAGAUGUUGAUUUUAGCACGGUAACAGAUCUGGCUCAGAAAACGGUAGUAAUGAAAACGUUGGCCUUGCUCAAGGAAGGAGAGAUCAUAGAUCUGACCGGUAGGACGGGCGACAAGGUAAAAAAGGGGAUUGAAAGUCUACAUGAACGGGUGCACGGGGUCGACAAUAAGAUUGAAAGGAUGGAAGACGCGCUAAUGGUUAUGCAACCGCAAGUAUCACGACCCGCCCUCCCUCCCCAGGAAGCUGUGGUCCCGCCAGGUGUGGCAAACCGGGGAUACGGACGGAGAGAUCUUGCUAACGAGCAAUGCAAGUACUGCACCGCUAUAGGACAUCAUGUGCGCGCAUGCCCAAAGCUCAACCAUGAUAUUCUGAAAAGAAGGUGUACCAGGUCGUUAAAGGGGGAAAUAUUUGGACCACAAGGAGAACGGGUGAACUGGAACUCACCAGGAGGGAUGCGGCGAGCCAUUAUCAUGCUCAACGGGUUAGAAAUAACAGCCGUAGAAGCCGAACCGGUGGGCGAGAUCAUCUGGGAUCAGCUCCGGGGGCGCGGGCCGCAGGCCAACUUUAUUUUGGAAAGCGACGGACGUGAUAGGGUGAACGCAACCACUCGACUGGGAACGGCCGGGAGAAGGAUCAACCGUAACACCAUUAUGGAGGAGGUCGCCGGAAGCUCCGAACCCCAGGCGGAGCCUGAGGCCGAGGAACCAGAGAAAGUCUAUGAGAAGCUUAAGGAAGAGGAGCCUGGGGACAAGGUUACCGCCGCUAAGAAGAAGUUUAGGGGUCAGGGAAUUGAUCUGGUCGUUUCAGCGGAUGACCGUAAUGGAGGAAAUGGACCACGACAUAAUCCUCGGGAGACCGUGGUGCGCGAUGUCGCGCCCUCACUGCUUCAAGGGUCGGGUUAGAUGUCCUUCCCCGGAUCGAGCUCAGUGGGUUGGAGGACUGGUAGGGUGUCACGCAGGAUUUUUGGU